AUGAUUCGGAUACUGGUUUUUGAAGCAAUAUAUCACUCUCGAUCAUUAAAAACCAACCGCUACACCGGUUUAUUACUGAAUAUCCCUAUACUUAUUAUUGCUAUGCCUACACUUAUGCCUACAUUAGAUAUAUUCACGUAUUUUGUGUUUGUAUUCUUGAUGGUUGUAAAAAGACGCACAAAUAUACAAAAUAAGAUCCAAUUCUUUUUCUUAGCAUCUUUACUUGUUAGACUAAUAAAUUACACGCUAAAGUUCAUAGAAAUAUGGAACCACGCCCCUUUGCCAUUUUUAGUAUUAAUAAAUCUGCUGCCUUUCUCACCUCUUUCCGUUUCCCUCUCUCUCACAACAGCAAUAGCAACAGCACCACCACCACCACCACCAAUAGCAACAACAAAACACGACAACAGCUUCUUUACACUCUUUUUCUAA